AUGGCCGCGAAACUGUCGAGAAUGAGCCGCAUGAUCGUCGACCGCGAACCAGCUUCACAUCAGACAACAUUCACCCUGCUGUACAUCGACUUCCUGGGCACCCAACGUUCCAUCAAUGCUGCAUACUACUCUAAUCUUCUGAAAACAGACGUGAAACCCGCUUAUCCCUCGGAACGGAGGAGCAUUUUUUUCCAGAUGCUGAAAGCUCAGGACUAUAAGGAACCUCCAAACGAAGGAGAUGUUGGAUGA